GGUGAUAGUUUUAUUUCAUGUCAGAAUGUAAAAUGUCAUUUUUACUUUUUCAAAAUUAUUGGUAAUAUUAUAUUGCAUACUAAAAAUCCUAAAAAGUAGUCAAGAUUGUCAGUAGUAGAAAAAUCCCAGUAUCCUUAUAUUAAUGCUGAUAUAUUGAGGAAAUUCCCGUCCUAUUUCCUUUGGAACAAUGUCACGGCAAAGGCCUAGAGCUGUACCUGUACAACAAAAGGUAGAAAAUAUCGAAAAAGUUUUUGCUGGAAACAAAGGCGCAGCUGCAAUGGUAAAGAAGUUGGUAGGAGGUUGCGAAGCAUCACGAUCUCGUUUAGGCGCACCUCAGGCGUCGUCUUCAAAAACGCCAUCACAACGUCGUUUAGGCGCACCUCAGUCAAGCAGAUUUAAAACUCCAGGAGGUGAGCGGCCUUCAAAGACUCCUUCAACUGGACAGGUAAAGCCAGCACAGCUGCAAGUACCAUCUCAAGGAUCACGUGUACCAGCAAAAACACCGAGUGGUAGUAGAAUACCUCCGAGAGGCCCAACAAGUGCACAGCGUGCUUUUACUGGACCUCCUGCACUUCCUGGUCCUUCUCGACAAGCAUCGGGUGUUAGAGGAGUACCACAAGCAAUUAGAGGCCCACAAAGGCCACCGCCAAGUGCUCGAUUUGGUAUUGGUAGAGGUAAACCUCCCCAGACGGAUCCCAAGCAGGUAGGUAGGGGUCAACCUACGAAGAUAGAACCUCCGCAGUAUGAACCUCCUAAACCCCCUGAAAGUCCUAUAAGGGAAGUGCAACAACCAGUUCCUGUGACGCCUCCUCCCCCACCUCGGCCUCGUCCUCCAGGAGCCGACUGGUUUGGAAAAUAUCAGUUGCGAACGUAUCCAAGAGAACCUAAAGGUCCACGACCACCAAAACCAUUACGUCCACCACCACAAGCUUAUUAUUCACCACCCAGAUCACCAUCAGGGAUAAGAACACCUCCACCUUCUCCUGAAAUUGCGAAAGAACGCGAGCUUAGUACAGAAGCCUAUUUAGCAAGACUAAUGGCUCGGCAUCCCGAUUUACCUCCGUUGCCACCAGAGGCAAAGUUACCUACACCACCAAUUACUCCCCCUCGGCGAGGCAUACCAGGUUGGUCAUCUCCACGGCAGUUACUAACUACUCCUCCUAUCCAUCAAAUGCCCUUACCUAGUCAAAUGCUUGAUUGGGGAGAACCUCCCAAAGAAUUAUACGAAACGUUUGAAGAACCAGAAAGUCCUUCAUUUAGGGCGCCCGAUGUUUCUGGAGGAGAUAUAUUUGAUUUUCCUAUGCCCGAUUUUCCACCUUCACCUCCACCUGCUACACCUCCACGUAGAAAAGGAGAUAUGUUUGAUUUUCCUACACCUUCGCCUCCACGACCGAAAUUUGCUACACCCCCACGUAAAUCACCUAGAGAAGGAGAUAUAUUUGAUUUUCCUACACCUUCGCCUCCAAGACCGGAAUUUUCUACACCCACACGUAAAGUACCUAGACCUCCACCUGCUUCACCUCCACCUGCUUCACCUCCACGUAGGGCGGAUUUUUCUACACCCCCACGUAGAUCACCUAGAGAAGGAGAUAUGUUUGACUUUCCUACACCUUCGCCUCCACGACCGGAAUUUGCUACUCCCACACGUAAAGUACCUAGACCGGCUUGGAUGGACACACCUCCAUCUCCUGCGAUGACUCCAAAAAUGAGGGAUAUGUACCUUAAAGUACCAUUGGCCGAUACCUUUCUUUUUCCUCCUGGUGGUGAAAAGCCCACAAGAAAACGAGCGCCGCCUCCAAAAAUGCCAGCAAUUCCUGGAUCUCCUCCACCUACAGAUGCAUUUGGUUUACCAUCUCGAGUGCAAUAUUCGCCACCGUCCACAUUUAUAGAACAUCCUAGGUACAGAGAACUCUAUCCGGAAACACCCAAGCAGGCAAGUCCUCUCCCCCCUACUCCGAGUCCCCCUCGAGAAGUGGUACCUCCAGAUAUUCGGAGGCAAUUAUUUCCGUCAGGACCUUCACAAGACACAACUGUUCGGGGCCCAAGCAGACCAGGUAAAGGUGUUCCAGGUACCAGAUUAUCUGCAGCUGGUCCGACUCCUAGUGGUCCUCAACGUGGAGCUCCUCCAAGAGCAGCUCCUGUACGAGGAGCUCCACCAGGAGCAGUCCCUUCACGAGGAGCUCCACCACGAGCAGUUCCUUCACGUGCAGGUCCUCCACGUGCAGGUCCUUCAGGGGCAGCUCCUCCACGCGCAACUCCACGUGCAGGUCCUUCAGGGGCAGGUCCUCCACGUUCAGUUCCCCCACGGGCUACCCUUCCACGUGCUGCCCCUCCAAGAGGGGUGCCUCCACGAUCAGUGCCUCCACGAGGAGGUCCUCCUCAAGCAGCGGGAGACCAGCAACGUUCCUCUGCCCGACCGGCUACAAGAUCACGACCAUCUGGGUCAGCUCCAGCCUCUAAAACAAGGAUCAGCUCUUCUCAAGCUCGGGUCACCACUAGAUGUCCGAAAUCUUAGAAACCUUAGUCAAUAUUAAUUUUCAUCCCUUUCUGUACUUGAAUGGCAUAUAAACUCUUUAACAAUAUUAAAUAAAUCACUAUUAUUAAAUAAA